AUGACACAGGGACCAGCGAGCGAGCCAGCGGGCCCAGCCACCCGGAGGGGUUCCGACUCGCAGACCCGCGCCACCGCCUCCGGCCGCCAGGGGGCGCAGCCGUCCCGCUCGGCCCCGCCGGUCCGGUCACGGAGACUGACGUCACAGGGCCCCGCCGGAGGCCUCGGGGCACAAAAGCAGCUUUGUGCGGCGGCCGCGGCUCCGCGGCCCGAGGCCCGGGACAAAGCGGCUUGGGCCGAGGGCGGGCCGGGAUCCCAGGGCAGAGUCCAGGGCAACUCAAGGCUCCUCCACACACACCCGCUGAACCCUGAGCGCCCUGAGCUGACGGGGCUGAGGCGGGCUGAGGCCGCCGCCAUGAUCCUGGGGCUGGCUCUACUCUGGGCAGCCGGGCUGGGAGGGGCUGUCCCCAGCCCCCCACGUCUUCGACUCUCCUUCGAAGAGCUGCAGACCUGGCAUGGCCUCCGGACCUUCCGUCUGGAGCGGACCUGCUGCUAUGAAGCCUUGCUGCUGGAUGAGGAGCGCGGGCGCCUGUUCGUGGGUGCUGAGAACCAUGUGGCCUCGCUCAACCUGGACAACAUCAGCAAGCGGGCCAAGAAGCUGGCCUGGCCAGCCCCUGUUGAAUGGCGAGAAGAGUGCAACUGGGCUGGGAAGGACAUUGGCACGGAGUGCAUGAACUUCGUGAAGUUGCUGCAUACCUACAACCGCACCCACCUUUUGGCCUGUGGUACAGGAGCCUUCCACCCUACCUGUGCUUUUGUGGAGGUGGGCCACCGGCCUGAGGAGCCCAUGCUGCGGCUGGACCUGCGCAGACUUGAGGAUGGCAAGGGGAAGAGCCCUUAUGAUCCCAGGCAUCGGGCUGCCUCCGUGCUGGUGGGAGAGGAGCUGUACUCAGGUGUGGCAGCAGACCUCAUGGGCCGGGACUUCACCAUCUUUCGAAGCCUAGGCCAGCGUCCGAGUCUCCGAACAGAGCCGCACGACUCCCGCUGGCUCAAUGAGCCCAAAUUUGUGAAGGUCUUUUGGAUCCCGGAGAGCGAGAACCCGGAUGACGACAAAAUCUACUUCUUCUUCCGUGAGUUGGCAGUGGAGGCGGCACCAGCCCUAGGACGGCUGUCCGUGUCCCGCGUUGGCCAGAUCUGCAGGAAUGACGUGGGUGGCCAGCGCAGCCUGGUCAACAAGUGGACGACGUUCCUGAAGGCGCGACUCGUGUGCUCGGUGCCUGGCGUCGAGGGUGACACCCACUUCGACCACCUGCAGGACGUGUUCCUGCUGACCUCGCGCGACCGCCGGACCCCGCUGCUCUACGCAGUCUUCUCCACAUCCAGUGGUGUCUUCCAGGGCUCAGCAGUGUGUGCCUACAGCAUGGACGACGUGCGCCGGGCCUUCCUGGGGCCCUUUGCACACAAGGAGGGGCCCACACACCAGUGGGUGUCCUACCAGGGUCGCGUUCCCUACCCUCGACCAGGCAUGUGCCCCAGCAAGACCUUUGGCACCUUCGGGUCCACCAAGGAGUUCCCUGAUGAUGUCAUCCAGUUUGCCCGGAACCACCCCCUCAUGUACAACUCGGUGCUGCCCAUCGGAGGACGCCCUCUUUUCCUGCAAGUGGGCGCAGGAUACACCUUCACUCAAAUUGUGGCCGACCGCGUGGCAGCGGCAGAUGGCCACUACGAUGUCCUCUUCGUGGGUACAGACACAGGCACGGUGCUGAAGGUGAUCAUCCUGCCCAAGGGCAGCCGGCCCAGCGCCGAGGGGCUGCUUCUGGAGGAGCUGCAUGUGUUUGAGGACUCGGCCGCUGUCACCAGCAUGCAAAUCUCCUCCAAAAGGCACCAGCUGUACGUGGCCUCGCGGAGCGCGGUGGCCCAGAUAGCGCUGCACCGCUGCGCUGCCCACGGCCGCGCCUGCGCCGAAUGCUGUCUGGCGCGGGACCCAUACUGCGCCUGGGACGGGGCUGCGUGCACGCGCUUCCAGCCCAGUGCCAAGAGGCGGUUCAGAAGACAAGAUGUAAGGAAUGGAGACCCCAGUGUGCUGUGCUCGGGGGACUUGUCAUCGUCGUCACGGCCCACGCUGCUGGAGCGGAAGGUGUUUGGCGUAGAAGGUAGCAGCGCCUUUCUGGAGUGCGAGCCCCGCUCGCUGCAGGCACGCAUGGAGUGGACGUUCCAGCGCGCAGGCCAGGUGGCCCACACCCAGGUGCAGCCGGAGGAGCGCGUCCACCUGACCGCGCAGGGGCUGCUGCUGCGCGCGCUGCGGCGCGGGGACUCGGGCGUCUACGUGUGCGCCGCCGUCGAGCAGGGCUUUUCGCAGCCGCUGCGGCGAGUGGCGCUGCACGUGCUGAGCGCUGCGCAGGCCGAACGCCUGGCGCGGGCCGAGGAAGGGCCACCGGCCGCGGCGCUGCCCGGCCCCAAACUCUGGUACCGGGAUUUCUUGCAGCUGGUGGAGCCGGGCGGCGGCGGCGGGGGCGGCGCCAGCUCCCUGCGCAUGUGCCGGCCGCAGCCCCCAGCGCCCGCGGCGGCCUCGACGGCGCGCAGGAAGGGCCGCAACCGGCGGACGCACGACCCCGAGCCGCGCGCCGAGCGCGGGCCGCGCAGCGCGGCGCACUGGUGA